CCACACAUCACAAAUUACUACUCAACAUAAGAAGAAAAUCUUCAAUUCUACAUAGAAAAUGGAACCUCAAGUAAACUCAAAAAUGAAGAAAUUUCUUCUAGUUCUAAACUCUAUAUUUCUAUCUAUAGGAAAUUGUGGUGGCCCUUUGAUCUCGCGCCUUUACUUCAUCAAAGGAGGCAAAAGAAUUUGGCUAUCAAGUUGGCUACAAACUAGUGCUUGGCCAAUUAUUCUCAUCCCUUUAGCCAUCUCCUACUUCAAUCUUCGCAAAUAUUCCCAAGGUAGAAUAUCAUUGACAGUCCAGAAUAACAAUAACAACAAAAAUAAUACAAAGCUCAUUUUAAUGACUCCUAGGAUUUUUAUAGCUGCCGUCGGGUUGGGAAUCCUAAGCGGAAUCGACAACUAUCUCUAUGCUUAUGGCGUGGCGAAAUUACCCGUCUCCACGUCAGCACUUCUCAUUGCUUCACAACUUGCUUUCACGGCCGGCUUUGCUUUCCUUCUUGUGAAACAAAAGUUCUCCGCAUACUCCAUCAAUUCCAUUUUUCUUCUAACACUUGGCGCGGUUGUAUUGGCUCUCCACGUGAAAAGCGACAGGCCGAAAGGGGAGUCGAAAAAGGAGUACAUUUUAGGGUUUAUGUUGACACUUGGAGCUGCAGCUUUGUAUGGACUUAUUUUGCCUUUGUUUGAAUUGUUAUACAAAAAGGCAAAGCAAACAAUAAGUUACACACUUGUGUUGGAGAUUCAAGCUGUGUAUUGCUUUUUUGCUACUGUGGUUUGCACAAUUGGGAUGAUAAUAAACAAAGACUUUCAGGCAAUUUCACGGGAGGCAAAAGCAUUUGAACUUGGAGAAGGAAGAUAUUAUAUAGUGAUAGUAUGGUCUGCAAUUAUUUGGCAAUGCUUCUUCUUAGGCGCCAUUGGAGUUGUCUAUUCUUCUUCAUCUCUGGUUUCUGCCAUUUUGAUUACUGUUCUACUUCCUGUUACUGAAGUUUUAGCCGUCAUUUUUUAUGGCGAAAAUUUCACAGCAGAAAAAGGUGUUUCUCUUGCACUUUCUAUUUGGGGCUUCAUUUCCUACUUCUAUGGUGAUAUAAAAAGCAGCAAGAAGACAGAUAAUCAAUCUGCAGUAGUAGAGAUGAUUGAUUAAAUUAAACUUCUACUCCUUGAUUGAAAAGAAUCAUUAUUGCCAAGACCACUACUUAUGAAUAUAUUGAAAUUUCUUUGUACUUAAUUAGUGAACGAGGAUUUAAAUUAUAUGUAUAUAUGUAUUGUAUACUGACUGUGGAAAAAAAUUUCACUAUCAGUAAAUUUUAGAAUACUCUUCUAUUUUCCUUAAAUACUUAAUUUUAUUA